CAGCUCUUUAUGCGAGUGCUGGCACAGUCACACACAGACACUGGGGAGGUCUGCAGGGAGUAACUGUGCUCUGGAUCGCACUUCUGCUCCCCUUUCUUUUUUGGGAUUAGGAUUGGGAUUAGGGUCCUCGGAGGAUCUAAUCAGCUCGUGAUUCCCAGUAAACUUGUCACCACAUCGCCAGUUUAUUGGUUUCCUGAAAUCUCCUCAUAAAGUUUCCCGAGGACGCUCUGGACUCACAGCAUCUCCAUAUUACAGCACUGAAUUGCUGAGGGAACAGUGAAAGGGUUCUUCUCGGAGAUUGCAGUGUACCAGUAGCCAAGAUGCCAAUUCUCAAGCAGCUGGUGGCCAACCCAAAUGCAUCCAAGAGACGCUCACGAGCAGAUCUCACUGCAGAAAUGAUAAGUGCCCCCCUUGGGGAUUUUCGUCAUACCAUGCACAUAGGAAGGUCCGGAGAUGCCUUUGGAGAUACAUCGUUUCUGAGCAAAGAAGAGGAGCAGCCAGAACGAGAAGAAUCUACCUCCAAACCCAGCUUAUUAUCCCGGACCUUCCGGAGCAGCAAACGCUCCCUUUCGGUAACUAGAGGUGAUCGAAGAGACAUGCUGGGAUCUUUAAGGGACUCAGCCCUUUUUGUUAAGAAUGCUGUUUCACUGCCACAGCUGACGGAAAAAGAAUCAGAAAAGGGGUCUUCAAGCAAAAAGAUGCCCAAGAGCCUCUCAUCCAGUCCAGUGAAGAAGAUGUCUGAAGAGCAGCAACACGUAAAUGGAGCCUCUGCUCGAAGCCCACUGCCCAGCCCAAUACCCAUUUCAGACACAAGCUUAGCAGAGAAAGAAUUUGGAGAAUUAACAGACCUUCCAGACACAGCACCAAAAAGCAGCUAUGGCAUGAAACAUGCAGACUCCAUCAUGUCAUUUCAUAUUGACCUGGGCCCUUCAAUGUUAGGAGAUAUACUAAGCGUAAUGGACAAGAGCCAGUGGGAGAAAGACCUUGACCGAAGCCUUGAUGACCUGGAUGGAAACAGGACCACUUAUAACCAAAGUUCUGGACCAACUAGACAGGCAAGUUCUUCAGCAGUUCCACCCAUUCAAGUCCAUGAUCAUGGAAGUCUUUCCUCAUCUAGCAGGAACCACAAGAGUCAGCCCACCAAAGAGUCCCACUCAGUUUCCAGAGCUUCUUCAGGACAUCCAGAAGGAAAACCAAGGCGAGGAAGGGAAUUUUCCUUUAUGGAUGAGGAAGAUGAGGAUGAAAUAAGGGUGUAGGAAGGAUAUACAGCCUACUCAAUAAUCUGAGAUGCAAAUCAUGAAUAGCGCGGACUUGCUCGUCCCAGUUUAGAUCUGAGCUUGGUACCACAGGGCUAUUCUGGCAAUAACCCUUAUACCUACGCGCUCUAUAAAUCUUAACCAUGGAACCAUGAAUGGAGUGUGUAAGCUAUAGAAGGCAAUUUAUAGCAAUAGGCACUACAAUUUCCAACACUUAUCCAUGAUCAAAAGUGGCCAAGGGUAGACCAUGUGGAUCGGAUGAUGGCGUUGUUGCCCUUGAACAAGGAACCAUUAUAACGUAUGCUGCAAGUCAUCCUUUGACAGACACAGAGGAAGAAAUGUACAAUUUCAGACUGAGCAAGA